CGGUCGUGGCUGGUUUGUUUAUGUUUACCAUUAGAAUUUGUGAGUUUUGUAAACGUUGAACAUGGAUUCGGGUCCGCGCGAGCUUUCCUUGGCUGAAAUUCGCAAUUUUAUGCUGAAAAACAAUUGCAAAGUGACCAAUCAUGCGCUGGUGAAGCAUUUUCGUUCGUUUCUGACCAACAAAGAAACGCAAGAGGAGGCAAGAAAGCUGUUCAAAAGCUACGUGAAUCUACUUGCAUCGAUCAAGAAUGAGGGCGACGAAAAGUAUCUCAUUUUGCGGAAAAAGUACAUCGACGAGUGCCCCAGCGAAGAUGUGCUUAGUGCGGGCUACCCGAUGAGCCCGGGUUCCCGUUCCUUGGUGGCGGUUCCGUCCGACAGCGAAGGUUCCCCGUUGAAGCUGCCACCCCCGCCCCCGUACCGUCCACCACCGGAAGUUUCGGACUUGGCGAACCCGUACGCGUAUCAUGCGGCCAGCCCCCGGGGAAGUGUUGUCACGUUGUCGCGUAAGAACAGUUCCGAUGGUCGCAGUGGUUCUGAGUUUAGUUUUGGCAGCACCGAAGUGAUGAGUGUAGAUUCGCGUAAAAUCGGUUCCGUUCUAGUGCGUAGUGAAAGCAGUGAUUCGCGAAAGUUUACCGAAGUGUCCCGCAAGCCAAGCGUUGAGUUGUAUCGGUUUGAUAGCCAGGAAGAACCGGUUCCGGCCAUUCCGCCGAGGAAACGGGCCGUUCCGGAGCAGCUGGCGAAAAGUUCUCCGCUGACCGAGCUAGAACCGGACUCGAACAAGGAGAAUGUUGUUGUGGCGGAAGAGUGUGACACUAAAAAUGCAAACGAAGCCAGUGCUGUCGAACAGCACGAGGAAAAUAAGCUGAGCGUGAAGGAAAAAAUGUUAAAGUUUAAUCGUUUUGCUUCGGAGGAAGAAGCGAAAGUGCCUUCUCCGAUUGGAAAAAAGAAGCCGGAAAAGAAUGCUGAAGACACGAUCUGUUCAGAAAAUCUGCUCCAGCAUCCGAAAGCGAAAGAGUGGCUGAUUGCAGCGGCCAACGCAAACUACCAGGAGCUGGCCAAGCUCUCGACAGACCAUCCGAAUCUGGUCAAGUUGCAGGUGAGUAAUGUUUGCUUGAAUAAAACUGCCAUAUCGUCGAUCGCUUCAUUCGGUUACAUUUCAACUGGAUGUGCCGAGGACUAUGCUGAAUGGUUGUGACCCUUGUUUUUGCUGCUCGGUAAAUAUUUCCCACUUUUAUGCAAAAAAAAAAAACUAGUUGGUUUAUCGCUGAUUCUGGAUGAGUGAGACGUGAGCACCUUUUUUGCGCCAAGCUCUGAUCUAGGAUAUAGUGGAGUAGUGACGAUGUGCCAAAGGUCAGUGGAUUGAAAUUAACGCCGACUCUAUAUUUUAUAGAGGUUAACGUGAUCAUGUUUUAAAUCGAGUUGAAGAUUGGUAUGAAAUCCAAUCGAAACUCUAACGGUUGCUGAAAAGCUUUUAUUGCUUAAUCAAGAUUAGAAAGACUGAACUAACCUCGAUUAAACAGGUCUAGUUUAGAUA